AUGUACUUCUUCAGCACUCUUACCACUGGGCUUGUGAUCGCGGCUGGUCUUGCCAACGCCGCCGCCAUCCCUGUGCGCUCGUCUACUCCGGUGAACGCCGCAACGCCUUCAACCGAAAAGCACGCCGCAACCUCUUCAGUGCUGGCAAGAGACGAUGAUUGUCUGAAACUGUCCUUCCAAUUCGAGCCGAAAUGCCACUUCAAGCUCUUCCGCACUGGAGACUGGUCAGAGUACUUCGACUGA